AUGGAGGACAAAUUGUUUGAACAUUUGAGUGUUGCUGAAAGGAAUCGCUUUACCUGUCCGUACUGUGGAAAAAUAUUCGGACGACAUCAAGAUAUGGAGCAACAUAAACGCAUUCACACUGGAGAGAGACCGUUCCGCUGCACCGUGUGCAACAAAAGCUUCAGGCAGCGUUCGGUGUUGAUCGUGCAUCGGAAAAUUCACACCGGAGAAAAGCCUUUCGAAUGUUUCAUAUGCUUCCGACGGUUUUAUGGUGCAGGAGAUCUGAAGACACACAUGGGAACUCACACUGGAGUGAGACCCCACAGUUGUCCUUUGUGCUCCAAAAGCUUCCCUCGGCCCAGCAGCCUGCAAGCACACAUGCAGUCCCAUCUGAACAAGCUGCAGGAAGGUGAUGCUGUGACCGCCGGAGCUGAUGUGCUUACUCCUGAGGAGGAGGAGGACCAGGGUGAGCCAGAGGACGUGGAAGGAGCCUGCGGUGUUUCUGCUUCAUCGCAGCUAUCAGCAGUGUUUUCUGGAAGCCUUGGAGCUUCUGAAGACAAAAUGAGCACAGGGGAGCGUCUAUCAGAGUCUGAGACGAGAUUCAGUCCAUCAGUGAAUCUUGACCUUGAUGCUGAUCAGAGUUCCAGCUCAGAGCUGACAGAUCAUCAAAAGCCAUAUCAUUGUGUCAUAUGCAACAAAACCUUCUCUCUCGCCCUCAAAUAUGAUGAUCCCCUUUGGCACCGCAUGGAGGACAAAUUGUUUGAACAUUUGAGUGUUGCUGAAAGGAAUCGCUUUACCUGUCCGUACUGUGGAAAAAUAUUCGGACGACAUCAAGAUAUGGAGCAACAUAAACGCAUUCACACUGGAGAGAGACCGUUCCGCUGCACCGUGUGCAACAAAAGCUUCAGGCAGCGUUCGGUGUUGAUCGUGCAUCGGAAAAUUCACACCGGAGAAAAGCCUUUCGAAUGUUUCAUAUGCUUCCGACGGUUUUAUGGUGCAGGAGAUCUGAAGACACACAUGGGAACUCACACUGGAGUGAGACCCCACAGUUGUCCUUUGUGCUCCAAAAGCUUCCCUCGGCCCAGCAGCCUGCAAGCACACAUGCAGUCCCAUCUGAACAAGCUGCAGGAAGGUGAUGCUGUGACCGCCGGAGCUGAUGUGCUUACUCCUGAGGAGGAGGAGGACCAGGGUGAGCCAGAGGACGUGGAAGGAGCCAGAGGACGUGUUUCUGCUUCAUCGCAGCUAUCAGCAGUGUUUUCUGGAAGCCUUGGAGCUUCUGAAGACAAAAUGAGCACAGGGGAGCGUCUAUCAGAGUCUGAGACGAGAUUCAGUCCAUCAGUGAAUCUUGACCUUGAUGCUGAUCAGAGUUCCAGCUCAGAGCUGACAGAUCAUCAAAAGCCAUAUCAUUGUGUCAUAUGCAACAAAACCUUCUCUCUCGCAAUUUCCCUGAAAAGACAUCAACUUAUAUUUCAUCCAGAUCAGCAUGUCGACAAAGAGGGGAAGUGCUUCCCCUGCUCUUAUUGCGGGAGGAAGUUUGGUCGACGCCAAGGCUUGUUACAGCACGAGCGAAUUCACACAGGUGAAAGGCCCUUCAACUGUCCCACCUGUAACAAAAGCUUUCGUCAGCGAUCGGCUCUAGUUGUUCAUAUUAAAACGCACACAGGAGAGAGGUCAUUCCUGUGCUUUGUGUGCAGUAAAAGCUUUUAUACCCCAGGAGACUUGAAGAAACAUCUGGAAAUUCACACAGGAGUGAGGCCACACAACUGCCCUGUAUGCUUCAAGGGGUUCGGGCGUCCCAGUUUCCUCAGAGCUCAUAUGCGCAUCCAUGAGAACGUUUCCACAAAGAAGCAAAGUGGAACAGAGAAACCUACAGGUGGUCCGAAAGUCGAUGUGCAGGAGAAGCCAUUUGAAUGCGUUCACUGUGGGAAGAGAUUCAGUCAACAUUGUAUGUUAAAAAUUCACCAGCGGAUUCACACAGGAGAGAGACCUUACAAGUGCUCUCAGUGUGGCCUGGGUUUUCGCUGGAGGAGAAACCUGAUUGCCCACCAGAGCGGCCACCCGGGCGAAAACCCUCUCCAGUGUUCAAUGUGUGAUGAAACAUUUGUUUCUGAAGCAAGUCUGAAAAAACAUCAAGAUGCGUUUCAUUCAGGGGACUCACAUACAUGCAGUUUGUGUUUGAAGACAUUUACUCAAGCAGCUGGCCUCAGGAAACAUGUGCGGUAUGUUCACGAAGGAGAGCGACCGCACAAAUGCUCUGAGUGCGGGAGAGGAUUCGUCAAACUUUCCGACCUCGAGCGUCACCAGCGCCGCCAUCAUUACGACCGGGGCGACGAACUCUUUCAGUGCUCGCAGUGUGAGCGAAGCUUCAGUCAACCCAGCAGUCUGGUUCUGCACCGACGGACACACACCGAAGAAAAGCACGAGUGCCCUCAGUGCGAUAAGAUUUUCAGCCAGGCGGGACACCUGAAGGUUCACCUGCGCACUCACACCAAAGAGAAUAAACCCAAAUUCGAGUGCCCUGAAUGUGGCAAGAGUUUUGGCCAAGCUAAAGAUUUGGUAGUUCACCAGAGGGUUCACACCGGAGAAAAGCCGUACCAGUGCCCUCAGUGCAAGAAGAGCUAUCGGCAGUUUGCGCAUUUGUCCGUACAUCUGCGAAGUCACACGGGGGAGAAGCCGUAUCAGUGCCCCAUAUGUCUCAAAUUCUUCGCUCAUUCAUCAUCCAUGAAAAAACACCUGCGUGUAAUGCAUGCAGAGGGAAAAGAUUUACCCGUUGUGAAGGUCACUGUUGGCGUCGGCCCAUCUAACACAACUGUAGAAGUCAAGCAAGAACCCGAGUCUGGUGAUGAAUACGGUGAGGGAGAAUGUAGCUACCAGCUUCUCCUUCAAAGCCAAAGAAAUGUGUCAUCGUAAAGAUGGCACAAACUUCUGUGUAUUGCAAGAAAAGUCACGCUUUUCAGCCUUUAUAUUUCCAUAUAAACAUGUUAUUGUUGUAUUUAUUGGGUACAAGAAUAGUCUUUUUGUAUUUGUCUAUAAACAGGACUGACAUUACUCUGCAUGAUCUAUUGCUUCAUUUCAAUAAAGUUUUCCUUUGUCCUUUGGAAAUAAAUGCUACAUCAUGCACCUACGAAUAUCCACUUUUCAAAUAUCAUUUGUGUACUAUACAAAAUCCUGGUAACAGGGUUGACUUUUUUAAAUGAUGAUGAAGAAUAUUUGUAUUUGGAGAGUUCACUUCCUGAAAGGAUAAAGUAGUUUUUUUUAAAUAGUAUUACAGUAUGGUAACAGGGGUGAGU